AUGUCACCUCGCUGGUUUGGACAGGAAGAAGUCCGCCCAGGCGUCGUCAUUGAACUCGAAAAGCGAUGGCGCGUUCUGCGCCAGAAGGAGGAGCAUGCGUUUCAGGGCAGCGAACAAGACGAUCCUCGGUGGAGUGGGCCAUCGUACGCUUGCAUCCAGCUCAAGGUACAACAAGUGGGCUCUAGGAUCAUUCCGCCAGUAAAUGGAUACAUGAGGAUCUACAAGCAAAUUCCUACGGAGGAGACUGUAGCUGACCGGCCCGAAGUCCGGGCACAGCAAGCUAAAACCGUUAUUCCCCCUGAACUUGAUGCAUACCGCCAGCUCAUGGACAAGGGCUCAACCUUUACACCAAGGCUGCUGGACUCAAUGGAACAGAAGCAAGAUAUUUAUAGCUUUGUGCCGGGGGGUUUUGUGGUAUGGAUUGUCACAGAGGUCUCGGGAGUGCGGCUAGGAAAUGCGGUUGGUAAUGAGACUUUCUGGUCAAUGGAGCCAUUUGUGCGUGAACAAAUUCGCGUUUCGUUCAAGGAGAGCUUCAUGUAA